ACCCUUUUUUUUUCAAGUGUGAAUCGGUCUCAUUCCCCAUGUCAUGAAAAAAACAUUAAAAACAGGGAAGAAAGAGACCAAGAAAAGACUCGCUUUAACUGAUGAAUUCAAGUCCGGACCCAAGACCCAUAAUCCAAACUCAGUACAAAAAACUGUUUUACCAUCGUUAAUUUUUUUUUUUUGGAAAAAAACAAAAAAGAAAAAGAUCACAUUGCCAAUUCUCCCAACCCCUCUGCCCCUCUCUCUCAGUGUACAAGAGGGAUUUAGUGCCCAAUUGUGCAGAGAAAAGAGUGCUCGCUGAUCGGGUUUUGAUUACAAGACCUUCUAUUCCAGUCACUUUUAUAUCUGAACGUGAAAUUUGUGCUUUUUGAGGAUUCUUGAUUGGGUCUUGACUAUAUUGGGAUACCUUGAGCUGGGUGUGGAUCAAGAUUUGUUACUGUUUCUUGAUUGCUUCUGGGGUUUUAGGUUGUAUUAAGGGUUUAGGUUUCUCUAGGCUUCCAAUUCCCCGUCUUGUCCUGCAGUAAAUGACUAUUGGAUUAGAAUUCUUCAUCUGCGGGUGGAGCAGUAAUACGUAGGGUUUUUUUUUUUUUUUUUUUGGUCAUUUCUGCAUUAAACUUUUUAUCCAUAACCCGUUGAAAUUCACUGCAGUCUCAAUGUCCUUAUUCUGAACAUCAUUGAUUUUCCGAUAGAAUUGUUUAUAACUUCUUUAAAAUCUGAUAUUUGGUUUUGGGUUCUUCAAAGUUCUUUCUCUUCAAUAAAGACUUUGAUUUUCGAUGGCUAAACAACCUCAACCUUCCCUUGCAUAUCCUCUCACAGUUGCUCCCACAAACCCUGAUACAUCAACACCUCAACCUGAGAAAACUCCAAUAAAUCCUUCUACUCCAAUGCUACCUGGAGCCCCUAGAUUUCCCUCUCCUAAUUUGCAACAAGAUCAGAGCCCUUCUCCCUCAAUCAAAACUCCAAUUUUACAAUCACCAUUCAAUGGGAUCAAAACUGGAAGCUCGAUUCCUCAUUUAAGCACUCCCCCUGGUCCUCCUGUUUUUACUUCACCAGUCCGGCCUGCUGCUGUGCCUUUCCGGACUUCUCCUGCAACACCUCAACCAGUUGCUUUCUCAUCAGGAUCCUCAUUGCCCACAUCAUCACCACCGCAUUUCUCAAAUGGGUCAGCACAGUUGCAUCACCAAGUUCCCCAAGCUACAGAGGAUUCAAUAUCUAUUGAGGAAUUACCCUGCGUCUUAUUCUCUGCUCACAAGGUGCUGAAGCAGAAGAAACUAGCCAAUGUAUCCAGUUUGGGUUUUGGGGCAUUGAUUUUUCCUGGGAGGGAGAUUUCACCAGGACCUCAGAUAAUACAGCGUGAUCCCCAUCGUUGCCAAAACUGUGGAGCUUAUGCAAAUCUCUAUUGCAAGAUAUUACUUGGUUCAGGCCAGUGGCAAUGUGUAAUUUGCAGGAAAUUGAAUGGAAGUGAUGGUGAAUACAUCGCUCCAAGCAAAGAAGACCUUAGUAACUUACCGGAAAUUUCAUCACCUAUGGUUGACUAUGUUCGAACUGGGAACAAGAGACCUGGUUUUGUUCCAGUUUCUGAUUCCAGAAUGUCUGCACCCAUUGUUCUUGUUAUAGACGAAUGUUUAGAUGAACCACACCUGCAACAUUUGCAAAGCUCCUUGCAUGCAUUUGUAGAUUCACUUCCCCCUGCAGCAAGAAUUGGAAUCAUAUUGUAUGGCCGUACAGUAUCGGUUUAUGAUUUUUCCGAGGAAUCAAUGGCAUCUGCUGAUGUACUUCCUGGUGAUAAAUCACCUUCUCAGGAAUCCUUGAAAGCAUUGAUCUAUGGAACUGGUGUGUACUUGUCACCGAUGCAUGCUUCAAAAGAAGUGGCUCACCAAAUUUUUUCAUCAUUAAGACCUUAUAAAUUAAAGAUUGCGGAAGCUUCAAGAGAUCGGUGCCUGGGUACUGCAGUUGAGGUUGCACUGAGUAUAAUUCAAGGACCAUCUGCAGAAAUGUCACGAGGUGUAGUCAAACGGGCUGGAGGUAAUAGCAGAAUUAUUGUGUGUGCUGGUGGACCCAGUACUUAUGGCCCUGGAUCAGUCCCACAUUCUCUUAGUCACCCAAAUUAUCCUUAUAUGGAAAAGACGGCAUUAAAAUGGAUGGAGCAUCUGGGUCACGAAGCAUAUCGACAUAAUACAGUGGUUGACAUUUUAUGUGCUGGAACAUGUCCUGUGAGAGUUCCACUUCUGCAACCUCUUGCAAAAGCUUCUGGAGGCAUUUUGGUUCUUCAUGAUGACUUUGGAGAAGCAUUUGGUGUAAACUUGCAAAGGGCAUCUACUAGGGCAUCAGGAUCCCAGGGACUAUUGGAGAUUCGCUGUUCUGAUGAUAUUCUUAUUACUCAAGUUGUGGGUCCGGGUGAAGAGGCGCAUAUAGACACUCAUGAAACUUUCAAAAAUGAUGUUUCUUUCUCAAUUCAAAUGUUAAGUGUAGAAGAAACCCAGAGCUUUUCUCUUUCUAUGGAAAAUAAAGGAGACAUCAAGAGUGAUUGUGUAUAUUUCCAGUUUGCAAUUCAAUACAUGAGCCUUUAUCAAGCUGAUAUUUCAAGAGUUAUUACUGUUAGAUUGUCUACUGUUGAUAGUGUUUCAGCAUAUCUUGAAAGUGUUCAAGAUGAAGUGGCUGCAAUCCUUAUUGCCAAAAGGACUCUCUUGCGAGCCAAAAACUAUUCUGAUGCAAUUGAUAUGCGGACAAUAAUAGAUGAGAGAAUUAAAGACAUUGCUUUGAGAUUUGGAUCGCAGGUACCAAAGUCAAAACUUCAUCGAUUCCCCAAAGAACUCUCGUUGUUACCAGAGUUCCUUUUUCAUCUCAGAAGGGGACCCCUUUUGGGAAACAUUGUUGGGCAUGAAGAUGAGAGGUCUGUGCUGCGGAAUUUGUUUCUCAAUGCAUCCUUUGAUCUUUCACUGCGUAUGGUGGCACCUCGUUGUUUAAUGCACCGUGAAGGGGGCACUUUUGAAGAAUUACCUGCUUAUGACCUUGCAAUGCAAUCUAAUACAGCUGUUGUUCUUGACCAUGGUACUGAUGUCUUCAUCUGGUUGGGUGCUGAACUAGCUGCUGAUGAAGGAAGAAGUGCAGCAGCUUUGGCAGCUUGCAGAACUUUAGCUGAAGAGCUCACUGAAUUGCGCUUUCCAGCUCCUAGGAUCCUUGCUUUUAAGGAAGGGAGCUCUCAAGCUCGAUACUUUGUUUCUCGUCUGAUACCUGCACACAAGGAUCCUCCUUACGAGCAGGAGGCAAGAUUCCCACAGCUUCGAUCUUUGACAACAGAACAGCGAACGAAGCUAAAAUGCAGCUUUAUUCACUUUGAUGAUCCUAGUUUGUGUGAGUGGAUGCGAAGCUUGAAAGUGGUGCCACCAGAACCAAGUUAAGCAGUAACGUCCUGCAAUUCAGUGGCAGGUGUACCUCCAGAAACAAUUUUAGGAGCUGCAUCCUACGUUUUGGCGAACGGAAACCUGUCUUCUCCUCUUUCUAUCCCUUUCUUAUCUGCUCUGUGGAUAAGGGUAAGUUUUCUUGGAUGAUAUCUUUCAAUAUCAUCUAAUCUUUAUUUUUUAUUUUUGACAUAGGAAGCACCUACAUUUGAGUGUGAAAAGUUUUGAUAUUAUUCUGUUUAUCCAUUGAAAUACUUUGCGGGAGCAAUAAAAAUUACCUUUCUUGAGCCGUCA